CUUUCGAGUGUGCGUCAAGGCACACCGACCACCUGGACUGGCGAAGAGACGGUCCUUAGCAGCAUCAAUGACGAAGGAGAGUACAAAGCCGAUCUGGAUAUCGACUGGAUGAGGUAGACCGAUCACGGGCCCUAUGGGCUGCAGUAAAGAAGCUUGUUCGAAGCUUCGUGUCGCCGAACCUAGAUACCUGGUGGCGAAACGUGCAGAUUGGUUUGCUCGACAUGCGAGCAGACACUGGUGCCUUGGAUGUAGCAUCCAAUGUCUCGGUUGCUGCAGUUCCAUCUUCUCGGGCUUUCGCAGCAAAUGUCUUUGUUCUGUCUCAUGGCUCCGAACAAGUACCCCUUUUCCGGAGGGUCACUCCAAUGCUGCGUCUUCUGUCUGAAGCACAAGCCUCUAGAAAACGUUGAACGCCUUCUGAAGCUUUUGUCGUGCUCCUUUGGUGUCCUCGAGACCAUCGAGUACAAUAUGAAGACAAGAGGGGUCCUGCACUUCACGACCCUCACCCUGUACAGCACCUUUCUUGAAUUCUGCAGCGCAGAAGUCCAGAUCCGCCAACAGCCCGACAACACAUGUCCAAUUGGCGGCAAUCUCUGCGUCUAUUUUGCCGGAGCAAGCUGUGUGAACGUCACAGCCGGGGACACUUGCUGUAUUGACGGCAGUGGCGUCUGUUCUGGUGGUUUCGAGUGUGGCACCGGUGUUGCUGCAAGUCGUUGCUGUGAAGUGGGCUCGACAGUCGAGCAAUGUGCUCAAGCUGUUCUCGUGGGCACUGCGACUACAAUUCCAGCGAUGUCGACUUCCAGCUCAGGUGCUAAGAGAAAUAAUGCAAACAGCAAUGCUGUGCUACCGCUACAUAAAGCGCUCACCUUCUGUUUGCUUCUGUUUGCCAUCCGCACAAUUGCCGGUCUCUGAAGCUGCACUC